AUGGCGAUCCAAUACUUGAUCCUCCUGUCCAGACAGGGCAAAGUCCGUCUGGCCAAAUGGUUCACUACCCUCUCGCCCAAGGAGAAGGCCAAGAUCGUCAAAGAUGUCUCCCAGCUGGUCCUGGCGCGUCGCACUCGCAUGUGCAACUUUCUCGAGUACAAAGACUCCAAGAUCGUCUACCGCCGAUAUGCCUCUCUCUUCUUCAUCGCCGGCGCCGACUCGGACGACAACGAACUCAUCACGCUCGAGGUGAUCCACCGCUACGUUGAACAAAUGGACAAGUACUACGGCAACGUGUGCGAACUCGACAUCAUCUUUUCCUUCACCAAAGCCUAUUACAUCCUCGAUGAGCUGCUGCUGGCCGGCGAGCUGCAGGAGAGCAGCAAGAAGAACGUGCUGCGAUGUAUUUCGCAGCAGGAUGCACUCGAAGAUAUGGAGGUUGAGGACGAGGUUACCAAGAUCCUUUGA